AUGGCUGCUACCGUUCUCGGAGUCAUUUCUUCUGCCAUCAGCAUCUUCAACUUCGGCGAAGAUCUUUUCAAAGCUGCGGAUCAAUCCGUUUCCUGCAACCUCCGCGUCUAUGCUGGCUUCAAUGGAUCCCCUUAUGUGCCUCCAGGCCAGAACGAAGAUGGGCCCUACAAGUACAACGGCAACAACGGAGACUCCAACCCCGCCAUGAAUCUUGAUGGANGAUGCCCCGACGUGCGUGUCUGGAAUGAUGCAGUCACUUUCCUGGGUAUCAAUGCUGAUCCUGGAUACAUCGGACCCGGCAACUUCAAAGAUAUCAAGGUCAAUCAGGGAAGUGACAACUCUGGAGCAGCCUAUGCACUUAUGACGGCAAACAACAAUGCUAUCUGUAUCGCUUACACCAUGAUGACAUGGGCCGACAACCAAAAAUACGGCUGGACAGGUGGCUGGGGUCGUCAGUGCGGUAUGAAUUGGUAUAUAUCAUUACUCCAAUCUCUUACCAUAACUUCUGACACCUGA